AUGGCAAGCGGACAGGGAAAUAACAGCGCAAGAAUGAGUGCGGGUGCUUCAAAACCCAUUACUUUCAAACAUUACGAAUUCACCACUGCUCCUCGGCAACCACCCAUGCCCCCCUCAAAACGUCAACGGAUGAUUGAGCCAGCACGGGUAAAUCCAUAUAUCAAGGGCGCCGAUUUGGAGAUCUCCACCCAAGGUGUGAAUGGUUCGUAUAAAAUCAACUACCCGAGUCAGCCACCUAAAAAUGGCACACCACACAGUACUGCUUUAGGAAAUACUGCUUCAUUCUCUUCCCAAAGCGCUUCCGAGAGGUCAUAUCCAGCGGAGCAGGAUUCCGAUCUUACAGGCCACAAUACCCCAGACACCUCCGUAUCGAACACUUCUCCAUGGCCUCAGAACAAGUCGACGUCUCCGGCAGCAGCGGCAAUAAAGCAGGCUGAUAUAUCGAAGCAGGUCAAUGCGGCUGAUGUGGAGGUACGGAACUACGAGGAAUUCAAACCGCGUUCUUCAAUACCUAGUGCGCUUCCCGGACCGGUCUAUGCUCAACAAUGUAUAACCGCUGCAUAUUCCUCACGACUGAAUCCCUUUGCUCUACACAAGAACGAGCAAAAUGCAUUGCAGCAUCAUUUAUGUCAUCUUCAUGUCACAACAUACCUCAAUAUCCGAAAUGGCAUUCUGCGCCUGUGGACCCGCAACCCGAUGAUCAGUGUGACCCGCGAGGAGGCGCUUGGGUGUGCUAAAGAUUUCAGAUGGAUGGGCCUCGCGGACUUUGCAUAUGAGUGGCUGAUACGCAAUGGGUAUAUCAACUUUGGCUGUGUGGAGGUUCCGCAGGCUCUGGUCACACCUAAGAAAGGACGGCGCAAGGAUGAUACACCGGUUAUUGUUAUUGUUGGAGCGGGUGUCGCAGGCCUAGCUUGUGCCAGACAACUCGAGGGUUUAUAUCAACAGUAUAGAGACAAAGUCACAUCAUUGAAGAUCAUAGUGCUGGAGGGGAGGCGUCGCAUCGGCGGACGUAUAUAUUCACACCCGCUUAAAAGUCAUCAAAAGACCACGCUUCCAAAAGGGCUGCGACCAACGGCUGAAAUGGGUGCUCAAAUUAUUGUUGGGUUUGAUCGAGGGAACCCACUAGAUGCAAUCAUUCGUUCACAACUUGCGCUGCGCUAUCAUUUACUCCGAGAUAUAUCUACAAUAUACGAUAUUGACGGCUCUGCUGUUGACGAAAUGCAAGAUGCUAUGGACGAACGCCUCUACAAUGAAGUUCUCGACCGCUCCGGCAAUUACCGUCACAAAGCGGCCAUCCAGCCUACUGCAGAAGGCGACCGCGACAUGAUAAAUCAUGGUCGUGAUAUUCCCGUUGAUGAUGGUGUCACAAUACAACAAUACGAAGAUGCUCGUGCCGCAGGUACUCAUCAUUUGAUGCUUCCUGCAGCGAGGUUUCGUCGCGGAAUUGGGCACAAUGCAUCCCGAAUCCUGCCACCACCAUUGACUGCUCAAAUCUCUGACCUUGGCCCAGAUGAAGAGCUACCGGCAGCUAUGGAAUGUCAAAGCAUGGGUUGGAAAUUACGGGACGGCAUUUCUCCUCGGACCGAUUUGCAACUCGAUAAGAUCGCCAAAAUUUCCCCCACGCAGACUCUUGGAGCUGUCAUGGACGAGGGUGUGAGGCAAUACCAGCAUAUGCUCCCUUUAACACCAAAGGAUAUGCGGCUUUUGAACUGGCAUUAUGCGAAUCUAGAGUAUGCCAAUGCAACCAACCUGAACGCGUUGAGUCUAUCGGGUUGGGACCAAGAUAUGGGAAAUGAGUUUGAAGGUGAACAUAGUCAGGUCAUUGGUGGAUAUCAACAAUUACCACGGGGUCUGUGGGCUUUCCCCACGAAACUCGACGUUCGCACUAACGAGACAGUCGUCAAUAUCACAUAUGAUGCCGUUGGGAAGUCGAAGAACCGCAAAACGACUGUCCACACUGAAAAUGGUCCCAUCUCUGCCGAUCAUGUUGUAUACACAGGAUCAUUGGGCACCCUCAAACAUCGCACGGUAGAAUUUACUCCUGCCUUGCCGGACUGGAAAAUCGGCGCCGUGGAUCGUCUAGGUUUCGGCGUGCUCAACAAAGUGGUGUUGGUCUUUGAUCAGCCAUUCUGGGAUACCAAUCGAGACAUGUUUGGUCUUCUACGCGAAGCUGAGGUUCCAGGAAGUAUGUCGCAAGCGCAUUACUCCAAGAAUCGGGGUAGAUUCUACUUGUUUUGGAACUGUAUAAAAACAUCCGGUAUUCCUGUCUUGAUUGCACUGAUGGCUGGAGAUGCUGCUCACCAAGCAGAGAAACUGCCGGAUGAAGAAAUUGUUACGGAGGUCCUUUCUGAACUUCGCAAUAUCUUUAAAUCGAAGACUGUCCCAGACCCACUAGAAACCAUUGUCACGCGCUGGAACUGA